GUAGCAUUCAUUUGGCUUGACCAUAGAACAAAAUAUUAUGCCAACUAUGAUCCCGAAUACUUCCCUGAUAUUGAGUUCAUCCCUGCCAAUUUACCAGAUGGAUCCGAGUUCUUAUCAAAGCAUUCACAAGUCUACUUCGAUCCGGGCUGUGCAAACCUGGGAUUUGCCGUCGCUCGUGAAGAUAUUAGAGAGGAAGUAUUAGAUAAAUUAAAGAUUUCUCGAUAUCCUCCGGCUCCUGCGGCUAUAUCUGCACUGUUAUCUACGUCACCGAAUACGAAAGAGAAGGCAAAAGAACUACUUCAAAAUAAUAGUUUCAUCCCUGUUCAAGAAGCUGGCUCAGAGAAAUGGAUAAUGGUCAAACCAAAUGAAUGCUACCUCUCCCAAGAAAGAGACUCGCGGAGUUUCCAUUGCAAAAUGUUUACAUUUAUCGAUUUUGGGGCAAGAGCCAACUAUUUCCUCGCGAUUUGUGGUGUCAGGAAUCUUCCUACCAUUGACGACAUUGCGAGGAUGCUUAUCAAGAAACCUCAGCAGUUCCUAGAGGUAUCUGGAGGCCCUUCCGAAUUUAAACAAGAGCUAAAAAAGAUAGCAGUCCAUUCUCAUGAGAUAAGCGACGAGACCAAGAGUUUGAUGGCAAAGGCACCUAUUCUCAUUAGCGAGAAGAAGGUUGCAAGGAGUACUGGCAGUUCCCAGGGCCCAGAAGGCUCGACAAUGUCUUAUAACCUACUUCCACCUGACCAUAUUCUCAUUGUUGAUCAUCCUAAUAUGUAUGAUCAAUUCUGUGACAUUAUAGACCCUGCACCUCAAGAAGAUAUAUUAGAAAG